AAAGCUACGACGGAAAAAAAAAUAUAUAAACUUCCGGAAGUUACGUCAUAGGAAAGUUCAGCUGCUUUUUUUUUUUUAGUAACCGGAAGUUUCCGUCAUUUACUGCGUGACUACCAUUUCCACAAUCCGACCAUGCCAUCAUAAACCCAACAACAAACUCUGUCGUCAGUCGUUCGAUCCGUUGUCUCGUCGCCUCGUGUCCUUGGUUCUGGUCCCCGCUUCCACCCGUCUAACAAAUGUUGUCUCCACCCCCCAAAGCACUCCUCACUGCCCGACUCUCUCCUCUUCGACAUCUUCUCAGCUGAUCGGAAAUAUUUCUCUUCUUCUUCUGCUUCCUCCUUCGAAACACAAACACACAUCAAUAUAUAUACACACCUGUGCCCGUGAGAGUAUAUACAUAUAUAUAUAUAUAUAUUGUCUAUAUAGACUAUAUAUAUAUAUAUACACACGAUUUAGCUGUCGCUCUAUGGGGAUAUUGCGGAUAAAGAAUCAUGACAAUGUCGUCUAUUCACCCUUACAACAGAACAUCAGUGAUGAUGAUGACAGUGAAGAUCAAAUCAUUUUCAACAAAGACCUGAACAUCACUCCAGCUUCUCGGAAUGGUGUUAAGAAGUUCAGUAAUAAUGUCAUAGAGUUGGACAAUUUACCAGGCAGCAAGCUGAAGCGACGUGACCCUCACCGAGCUGGCCAGUCAUCAUGCUGUCGUAUCACAAAAAGGGCCGCAAUAGUUUUAUUCGUAAUCCUUGUCAUCACCAUUUUUGUCGUUGCCAUCUUGCAUUAUAAAAGUUCCUCCCAGCAUUCUCCUUGCCAGACAACAUCAAAGGAGUGGAAUUUAAGUUUUGGCAACAAUGUCAGUGAUUCUUGCAUCCGGCUACUCGAUAUGGACAAUGAUGGCCAACUGGACAUUCUCCUUAGUUUGGCCGCACCAGAUUACUACCAUCAUUAUCACUCCAGCAUGGACACAGAUAACCAACAACCAGUAAAUGAAUUCUGUAACGAUACAGGACUCUCCUACCCACCUACUGGUCAACUUCUGGCCAUACGUGGCUGUGAUGGCAAACAGUUGUGGAAGCACUCCACCAAAUCCAGCAUCCUCUACAUCCACUGUGACCAACUGGAUGCCAACCAGGAUGGUAAGCACGACUGCUUGAUCAGUGGCUAUCAUGCCACUCUACAAGCUAUCGAUCCUCGUAAAGGUCUUGUGAUAUGGUCAGCGAAUAGUACAUACUUGAUUGACCACUGGAAUAUCUACCAAGCCCUAGUGGUACCUGAUGUUGACCAUGACAAUGUAGAUGAUGUCCUCAUUUUGCAUGCUGGAUGUUGUUACUAUGGCAGACAACCCCCUGACAUCACUGGUCGUUUCCUGCUAUUUUCUGGGGCUACAGGACAAGCUGUAGGCACUUUAGUCGAUAUUUCCAUUAUGAAAGGGGCUGUCUAUAGAAACCCUGUCCUCUACAAGUCAUCAAAUAACAAGCUCACUGUCCUCUUCACCAGUGGUCAGUUGUCUUCAUCAGGUCAACUCUAUCAGAUAUACUGGGAUGUUUUAAAGAAGCAGCUGUUGGAUCCCAGUGUGGUGACUCUAUCAAAUGCUACGGCAAUCUACGAGAGUCAGACAAAAGGGAUCUUUGUCCCACCGGUCAUAGUGGACAUCCAAAAUAAUAACGUAAUGGAUAUUCUUGUGAGCGCAUUUGAUGGAACCAUUGCUCUGGUUGACGGCCAGACAUUUACACCCAAGUGGAAAAUUAACUUUACUAAUUAUGAAUCAUUCAGUAUUCCAGCCCCUGGAUACUUCAACGAUGAUGCUUACCUGGAUUUCAUGCUACAUCUCAAUUUCGGUACCUGGCCUUUGUACUUAUAUUCCAUGGUGAUGGUGAUCAGUGGUAAAGAUGGAACAGUACUCUGGGAAACGGUCUCAUCGUUUCCUUCAUUCACCUCUGACCUCACCUUACAAACAGUCGAACAUCAGCGUGACGUUUUUGUAUUCAAAACAUUUAAUCGCGAUGGAUACAUUCACGUGGACAGCAAAGACCCAGCCCAUAUCAUUUCUACAGAUUCUGUGGUUGAACAUAGAUCUGAUCCAGAUUCCACCUAUUUACCUCAAAAUCAUCCAGGUUUCUUCACAUCUCCGGCUGGCUACUUUUUAAUUUGUACAUUAACUCCACAAUCAGCAAUCACCGAAGAAGUUUUCAUCAUGGACCGAAGCAACUUGGACAAACCCAUCCAAUUGGCAGAAAAUAAAUAUUCCUAUUCGCCAUCCCCAUCAAAGGCAGGGAUACAGUGUGCUGUUGCUAAACCCUUUGGUCGUGGCACAGGAGCCAUUGGUGAUGUGGAUGGAGAUAAUCAACCGGAUUAUAUAAGCUUGACCAAUCUGGCUAUAGAGGUUCCGGAUUCAAAACCUGGCUGCCCAAUCUUCUGGCAGAAUAUGACCCUGUACAAGAAGACACUGAUGCCAUCCAGUCACUCCAGAAAGUCGGUACCCAUUAAGAUGUUUACAUCACUGGUGAAUGAGGCGCAAGGGGGCGAACAGCAUGAAAAGGGCCUUGAAUCAACGCACUUUGUACCCCAACGGGAACAAGUAUGGAACGAGUAUUUAGGUAGUAAACAGACUGGCAUCUACCGUCGCCAACAUCUGAGUGACGGAGGAAACACAAUGUCGAGACGUAGCAGAGUUUUGUAUUAUUUAGUUGUUCUCUUUACAUUAUUGGUUGUUCUGCUUUGAAUUUCAGGGAACUGGUAGGUGGGGUGGGGAGAAUUUGAGAUUUUUUUUUGCUUCCUUUUGUUUCUUUUUAUUGUUAUUGUUACAUUUAUUUUGCUUCUUGUCUUGUUUAGUUU